AUGGCGGAUGCAGUUUGUAAUAUGAUCAUCAAGCUUGGAAGAAAGGUGCAUUCACAAGAAACAGCCACCAAACAUGUCAAAACCUUGCUUAUGUUGGCUAUGAAGAAAAAAUUGAAGCUUGAUCCCAUUCUCCGAGAUGAAAUCAUUGUCACUGUACUAUCCGAUUAUCCAGAGUUUUAUGCCGACGGGUCAGACGAUGACACCAGUGAAUUAUUGUUGUUGGCCUCCGAAGCAGGUGAUGAUAUUAAUCCGGCGUCUAUUCCAGAACCUUCGGAUGGAAAUCGCGCUGGGGCGUUCCUCCAUUACUUUGCUCAAAGAGCCCUUGAGUCUGAAGAAAUCUCCCGUCGUCGAGAAAUUGCUCAACCCCUGUAUCUUCAGGCUGCUCAGAAUGAAGCCAGGCAUCGUAUUGAGAUUCUGCGAAACAGGUCAAAUUCCUCUGACUCUCCUAUAGAAAUUUCACCUGAUAAACCUGAGAAUCUAGUGUCUAAUGCUACCCCAUCUAUUGUUCAUGUUGAUUCUGAGAAUGUGCAUGCUUUACUCUCUGAGAAAUCAUCUGUAUCUGUUGAUCCGCCUUGCUUACCUGUUGUGAAGUCUGAUCCCAUGAAUUGUGAGUCGCUUAAAGCAUCUGUAGAGGAAGACAAACCGAUUGAUGAGCCCAACAAUCUAAGUUUGGUUGUGUUUGAGUUUGAUAAUGUUUCUCUGUCUCCUGCUGUUGUUGCUAAUGUCCCACAAGAAGUCGACUCCUCUGUUAAUCCCUCUGAUAUGCCUGCUGCUAUUGAGAAUGUGCAAUCCUCAAGCCCCCGUGAACCCAAGAAAAUGGUUGGCAUUCCAGUCUACACCUCCUCCUCUUUGGCGGAGAGUCUUGAUCAUGUUAAGCAUUUUGCUGGUCUUCCUGCUGCCUCUAUUCCAAAACCCUACAGAGUGAUUCACCCUUCAGAAUCCUCAAGUGAAGAUGAAAAAAUACUGGCUGAAGUUCCAUCUGUUGAGGCUACUGCUCAUCCUAAUUCCACCACGUUCAAAAUACGAGAGGUCACUAAUCUCCUUGGUGGUUCAUCUGCUCAUGUGUCUGAUUGUAGUCACUCUGUGUCUCCUGUCCACUCCCCAUCCAAAGAGACAAGAAGGUCAAAAAGAAAGAAUGUUCCUGUGAAGGUUGUGGUUGAAUCUGGUGAGGACACUACUGAUAUAGAUCAACCAGAGAAAAAAAGGAAGUCUAGUGAGCCUGCAAAACCUGAGAUCAAUCUUCCUGUUCAACAAGUGUUUAAGACUCUACGGUCCUCUAUUAAACAAAAAAGCCUUACGGCUGUUCAACCUGAUGCUGUACCUACAUCAUCUGCUAGAAAGGGUAAACCAUCCACACGUUCCAGAGGUCGAAGCAUAACUUCUGAAGUUCAACCUGUUGAAGGGUCUGACACAUCUGUUUACAAGCCUCAGUUUGUUUCUCCAGCUGCUCAGGGGCUGCUGAAGAUUGUCACAGCCAUCUGUCCAUACUCAAAGCUCCUCACGUAUGAAUACUACUCUAAUCUCAAUAACGAGAUUGACAUCUUAACCGGGCCACGACCAAUGCAGAUUUUCAUUAGAGGGAAGUGGUACAUCUUUGGGCCUGACAUGAUCAACCAAUACUAUGGACUGACUGUUGUGCAAGAAGAGGCAAUUACAGACUGGAACUUGGUGGCCAAGACUCUAACGGGUGGACAGAUUGACACUUGGCCUACGGGUGACAAGGAUUAUCUGCAGAGCUCUCAACUCACAUCCAGAUAUGUUAUUCUGCAUCGUCUGGCUCUUCAUAACUGGCUCCCAUCAGCUCACUUCCACACGGUUGGUAAGCACCUGGCUGGUUUCUUGUACCGAAUUGGAACAAAGAUGCCGAUUGAUCUAGGAAACUGGAUUUACAACCACAUCCUCACCAUGAUCCAUCCACGAGAGCAGAAGGUAAGGCUACCCUUUCCGAAUCUGAUUUAUGGCAUUCUUACAACUCAGGGUCUUGAGCCUAUGCCGAGUGAAGUGAUAAGUCCAACUCUGUUCUAUACUGUUGAUCGACGUCUUUUGACUGGAGAUCACAUUCGAGAUGUUAUACCGGUGACUGCCCCCUCCAAUUCUGAAGCUGAUACUGUGGCUGAUGACUCGCCCCAUGCCAAGGAUCUUCAUCUCUCCAUUCAGUUAAAGGCACGGGUCUUUGAGCUUGAGACAGUUCACGGUAUAAUUGCUAAACAACUGACUAGGGCCGGUACUGACCUAGCAACCGUUCUUCUUCGUUUAAGCCUAUCUGAAUCUGCUGUUGCUACUGAACCUGCGAAGACCGACAGUGACACUCCCUCCAAUGCUUGA